AUGGCAUGGAUAUGGGUUGGGUGUGGGUGGGUAUGGCAUUGGUUUGGGUAUGGAAUUGGUACGGGUAUGGGUAUGGCAUCGGUUUCGGUAUGGAAUUGGUAUGGGUAUGGGUUUGACAUGAGUAUGGUAUGGCAUGGGUAUGGAUGCGGGUGGGCACGGGUAUGGGUUGGGGUGUGAAAUGGGUACGGGGGUGGAUAUGGAUAUUGGCAUGGGUACAGGUAUGGCAUGAGUAUGGCAUGGGUUUGGGUAUGGAAUGGGUACGGGUAUGGGUUUGGCAUAGGUACAGAUAUGACAUGAGUAUGGUAUGACAUGGGUUUGGGUACGGAAUGGGUACGGGUAUAGGUAUGGCAUGUGUAUGGUAUGGCAUGGGUAUGGUUGUGGGUACGUGUAUGGUAUGGAAUUGGUACAGGUAUGGGUUUGGCAUGGGUACCGGUAUGGGUAUGGCAUGAGUAUGGUAUUGCAUGGGUAUGGAUGGGGGUAGGCACGGGUAUGGGUGUAAAAUGGGUACGGGGGUGGAUAUGGAUAAUGGCAUGGUACGGGUAUGGCAUGGGUGUGCGUUUGGGAAUGGAAUGGCUACGGGUAUGGGUAUAG